CUCCAGAGCGCAGCGCAUGCCUGCAAUGCAGUUGCAAUUGCAAUUGUAAUUGCAAUUGGUAUACCAUUUGGAAGCAUUCCUCGUCGCUUUUUUUUUUUGUUCUUCUUUGCCAAUUGGCAAAGUUAGCUCGGAAAAGAAAUUAAAAAAAUAAAAAAAAGAAGGCGGAACAACAUGCACAUGAGUGAUGCUCCCCAGGGGGGGGAAGAACCCGCGAAGGUUGCAGAAGGAGAAGUCACAGAAACGGGUGGCAGCCAAGUUGAGCAGAGGGGAAGCCAUGAUCUAACCGCGGGAGGUAGUGACGCAGGAUGGGGUGACUCGGAGGGGAAGCACGCGGAGAAGCAAGAGGAUGAACCCGCGGGUGAGGCGAAGAAAGUGCGCAAGAGCUUGGGCAAGGCAGGUAAAGCGGCAAAGGGGAAACUCCAAAAGAAGAAGAAGAAGAAGAAGAAGGUGGAAGUAAAAGAGAAGGCGAAGAAGAAGGACAAAGAGGUGGCCAGGAAGGGCGCCAAAAAGGCAGCCGCGAAGGAGGCCAAAAGGGUAACCGCGAAGGAGAGCAAAACGAUGGGGAAACGGAAAAGAGGUGAGUCCAGCCGAACGGACGACCCCCCCUUAACCGAUUCGGAGGAAGAACUCUACAACGACGAUAACCUGUUUAUGCCCAGGGCGUUAAAGAAGAAGGCCCAAAAGAAGGGCAACCAAAAAGGCAACCAGAAAGGCAAGGCGAAUGAUCAAAAAAGCAAGUCAGCCACCAGCCAAAGUAGCAAAAAAAAACACGAGAAGGGGGAGAAGGGGGUGAAGAAGGAGAAGAGGAGGAAGAAGAAGAAUAAGAUGAAGAGCAAGUUCUGCACAGCCGAGUGCCUGCCCCUUAGCCACUACGCGGAGGCGCUCGAGAAGGAGCUGGCGUCCUACGCCACCAGCGGCUUUAAAAAGUACCUGAAGUUUCUAAAAAAUUACAAAACAACGGUGGGGGUGGAGGACAAGGUGGUGAGCAAGAAGCCCCGGCACAUGUAUGUCUAGCCGUGUUGCGCGGUGGUUAAAACCGGGGAUGCGCUUCCAAUUUUUUUUUUUUUUUUUCCCAUUUA